AUGGCCGACGUUCUCGACCCCCGAAUGACUUCCAUUAAGCCUCGCUUCAAGUAUAAUACAAUUGGAGGAAUCAACGGCCCCCUUGUGGUUCUGGACAAUGUCAAGUUCCCACGUUUCUCUGAGAUUGUGAGCUUGACACUUCCCGAUGGCACUGAGCGAAGUGGCCAGGUGUUGGAGGCUAGAGGAAACCGAGCAGUUGUCCAGGUUUUCGAAGGUACCUCGGGCAUUGAUGUGAAGAAGACGAAAGUCGAGUUCUCUGGGCACAGCUUGAAGCUCGGUGUGUCCGAGGACAUGCUUGGUCGAGUGUUCGACGGUUCCGGACGUGCUAUUGAUAAGGGACCCAAGGUGUUGGCUGAGGAUUACUUGGAUAUCAACGGCCAGCCUAUCAACCCUUACUCUCGAGUGUACCCCGAAGAAAUGAUCUCCACCGGUAUCUCCGCUAUCGACACCAUGAACUCCAUCGCCCGUGGACAGAAGAUUCCCAUUUUCUCCGCUGCCGGUCUUCCCCAUAAUGAAAUCGCCGCUCAGAUUGCUCGACAGGCUAGUUUGGUUAAGCCCAGCAAGGGUAUUCACGAUGACCACGAGGAUAACUUCUCAAUUUGUUUCGCCGCUAUGGGUGUUAACAUGGAGACUGCUCGAUUCUUCACUCGUGACUUCGAAGAGAACGGCAGUAUGGAGCGUGUCACUCUGUUCUUGAACUUAGCCAACGACCCCACUAUUGAACGUAUCAUUACUCCUCGUCUCGCCCUGACUACCGCCGAAUACUACGCUUAUCAGCUCGAGAAGCACGUUCUGGUUAUCAUGACUGAUAUGUCAGCAUACUGUGAUGCCUUGCGCGAGGUUUCCGCUGCCCGUGAGGAAGUGCCUGGUCGCCGUGGAUACCCCGGUUACAUGUACACAGAUUUGUCUACCCUCUACGAGAGAGCAGGACGUGUUCAGGGUCGUAACGGUUCUAUUACUCAAAUCCCCAUCUUAACUAUGCCUAACGAUGAUAUUACCCACCCUAUUCCCGAUUUAUCAGAGGGUCAAAUUUUCAUUGAUCGACAGCUUUACAACAAGGGUGUUUACCCACCCAUUAACGUGCUCCCAUCGCUUUCCCGUCUCAUGAAGUCUGCCAUUGGUGAGGGUCGCACUCGCAAGGACCACUCCGAUGUGUCCAACCAGCUGUACGCCAAGUACGCCAUUGGUCGUGACGCGGCUGCCAUGAAGGCCGUCGUCGGUGAGGAGGCUUUGUCCUCUGAAGACAAGCUCUCCCUCGAGUUCCUCGACAAGUUUGAACGCACAUUCAUCUCCCAGUCCCCAUACGAGUCCCGCACUAUCUACGAGUCCCUCGAUAUCGCCUGGAACUUGCUCCGCGUCUACCCCAAGGAGCUUCUCAACCGUAUCCCCAAGCGCGUUCUGGACGAAUUCUACGCUCGCUCUGCUCGCAAGCUUCCUGCUAAGGAUACUCGGGAUAACUCUGCCGAGAAUCAACAGAACGAAGACCUUAUCGAUGCUUGA